GUUCCGCUUCUAUCCUAACGGAACGAGCUCCCGCUUCGCGAGCAUGGGAUUACCCGGCGGCUGCUGACCCCGCUCCUCGCCCUGCGCCCCCAAACCGGCGUGGCUCCCUGAGCAGCAAGCCCCCAGGAGCCGACCGCUGCGGGCAGGACUCGCACCCCCGGCUGGACGUGUUUUGGCGGCGGAGGGCCUGACCCGCGUCAGGAUCUUCGAGGAAGACAUGUCGGACAAGAUGUCGAGUUUCCUGCACAUCGGGGACAUAUGUUCCCUGUACGCGGAGGGAUCGACCAAUGGCUUUAUCAGCACGCUGGGGCUGGUCGACGACCGCUGUGUUGUGCAGCCGGAAACUGGAGACCUAAACAAUCCGCCCAAGAAGUUCAGAGACUGCCUGUUCCGGCUCUGCCCCAUGAACCGCUACUCCGCGCAGAAGCAGUUCUGGAAGGCGGCCAAGCCCGGCGGCAACAGCACCACGGACGCCGUGCUGCUCAACAAGCUGCACCACGCGGCCGACCUGGAGAAGAAGCAGAACGAGACGGAGAACAGGAAGCUGCUGGGGACCGUCAUCCAGUACGGCAACGUGAUCCAGCUCCUGCACCUGAAGAGUAACAAGUACCUGACCGUGAACAAGAGGCUCCCGGCGCUGCUGGAGAAGAACGCCAUGCGCGUGACGCUGGACGAGGCGGGGAACGAGGGCUCCUGGUUCUACAUCCAGCCCUUCUACAAGCUGCGCUCCAUCGGGGACAGCGUGGUCAUAGGCGACAAGGUGGUGCUGAACCCGGUCAAUGCGGGCCAGCCCCUGCACGCCAGCAGCCACCAGCUGGUGGACAACCCCGGCUGCAACGAGGUCAAUUCCGUCAACUGCAACACCAGCUGGAAGGUCGUGCUGUUCAUGAAGUGGAGCGACAACAAGGAGGACAUUCUCAAGGGGGGCGACGUGGUGCGGCUGUUCCACGCGGAGCAGGAGAAGUUCCUCACCUGCGACGAGCACCGGAAGCAGCAGCACGUCUUCCUGCGGACCACCGGCCGGCAGUCGGCCACGUCGGCCACCAGCUCCAAAGCCCUGUGGGAGGUGGAGGUGGUGCAGCACGACCCGUGCCGGGGCGGCGCCGGGUACUGGAACAGCCUCUUCCGGUUCAAGCACCUGGCCACCGGGCACUACUUGGCCGCGGAGGCGGACCCCGACCAGGACGCCUCCCGAAGCAGGCUGCGCAACGCCCAGGAGAAGAUGGUGUACUCGCUGGUGUCCGUGCCCGAGGGCAACGACAUCUCCUCCAUCUUCGAGCUGGACCCCACCACCCUCCGCGGCGGCGACAGCCUGGUCCCCAGGAACUCCUACGUGCGGCUGCGCCACCUGUGCACCAACACCUGGGUCCACAGCACCAACAUCCCCAUCGACAAGGAGGAGGAGAAGCCUGUGAUGCUGAAGAUCGGCACCUCGCCCGUGAAGGAGGACAAGGAGGCGUUCGCCAUCGUGCCGGUUUCCCCGGCCGAGGUCCGGGACCUGGACUUCGCCAACGACGCCAGCAAGGUGCUGGGCUCCAUCGCGGGGAAGCUGGAGAAGGGCACCAUCACGCAGAACGAGAGGAGGUCGGUGACCAAGCUGCUCGAGGACCUGGUGUACUUCGUCACCGGGGGCACCAACUCCGGCCAGGACGUGCUGGAGGUGGUCUUCUCCAAGCCCAACCGCGAGCGGCAGAAGCUGAUGCGGGAGCAGAACAUCCUCAAGCAGAUCUUCAAGCUGCUGCAGGCGCCGUUCACCGACUGCGGGGACGGCCCGAUGCUGCGGCUGGAGGAGCUGGGCGACCAGCGGCACGCCCCGUUCCGGCACAUCUGCCGGCUCUGCUACCGGGUCCUCCGGCACUCGCAGCAGGACUACAGGAAGAACCAGGAGUACAUCGCCAAGCAGUUCGGCUUCAUGCAGAAGCAGAUCGGCUACGACGUGCUGGCCGAGGACACCAUCACCGCCCUGCUGCACAACAACCGCAAGCUGCUGGAGAAGCACAUCACCGCGGCCGAGAUCGACACCUUCGUCAGCCUCGUGCGCAAGAACCGGGAGCCCAGGUUCUUGGAUUACCUGUCUGACCUGUGCGUGUCCAUGAACAAGUCCAUCCCGGUGACCCAGGAGCUCAUCUGCAAAGCGGUGCUCAACCCGACCAACGCCGACAUCCUCAUCGAGACCAAGCUGGUCCUUUCCCGCUUCGAGUUCGAAGGGGUGUCCUCGGGGGAGAGCGCCCUGGAGGCGGGCGAGGACGAGGAGGAGGUGUGGCUGUUCUGGAGGGACAGCAGCAAGGAGAUCCGCAGCAAGAGCGUGCGGGAGCUGGCGCAGGACGCCAAGGAGGGCCAGAAGGAGGACCGCGACGUGCUCAGCUACUACCGGUACCAGCUGAACCUCUUCGCCAGGAUGUGUCUGGACCGCCAGUACCUGGCCAUCAACGAGAUCUCCGGCCAGCUGGACGUGGACCUCAUCCUGCGCUGCAUGUCGGACGAGAACCUGCCCUACGACCUGAGGGCCUCCUUCUGUCGCCUCAUGCUCCACAUGCACGUGGACCGAGACCCGCAGGAGCAGGUCACGCCCGUGAAGUACGCCCGCCUCUGGUCCGAGAUCCCCUCGGAGAUCGCCAUCGAUGACUAUGACAGCAACGGGGCCUCCAAAGAUGAAAUUAAGGAGAGGUUCGCGCAGACCAUGGAGUUCGUGGAGGAGUACCUCCGGGAUGUGGUGUGUCAGAGGUUCCCCUUCUCGGAUAAGGAGAAGAACAAGCUGACGUUCGAGGUUGUAAACUUAGCGAGGAAUCUCAUCUACUUUGGUUUCUACAACUUCUCUGACCUCCUGCGAUUAACCAAAAUCCUCCUGGCCAUCCUGGACUGCGUGCACGUGACCACCAUCUUCCCCAUCAGCAAGAUGGCGAAGGGAGAAGAGAACAAAGGCAGCAACGUGAUGCGGUCCAUCCACGGGGUCGGGGAGCUGAUGACCCAGGUGGUGCUGCGGGGAGGGGGCUUCUUGCCCGUGACCCCCAUGGCCGCCGCCCCCGAAGGCAACGUGAAGCAGGCGGAACCAGAGAAGGAGGACAUCAUGGUCAUGGACACCAAGCUGAAGAUCAUCGAGAUCCUGCAGUUUAUCUUGAACGUGAGGCUGGACUACAGGAUCUCCUGCCUCCUGUGCAUAUUUAAGCGCGAGUUCGACGAGAGCAAUUCCCAGACGUCGGAGGCGUCCUCGGGCAGCAGCAGCCAGGAGGCGCCCGGCAGCGUGCCCGGCGCUCUGGACUUUGAACACAUUGAGGAGCAAGCGGAGGGCAUCUUCGGAGGAAGUGAGGAGAACACGCCGCUGGACCUGGACGACCACGGCGGCAGGACCUUCCUCCGGGUCCUGCUGCACCUGACGAUGCACGACUACCCGCCCCUGGUGUCCGGGGCCCUGCAGCUGCUCUUCCGGCACUUCAGCCAGCGGCAGGAGGUGCUGCAGGCCUUCAAGCAGGUUCAGCUGCUGGUCACCAGCCAGGACGUGGACAACUACAAGCAGAUCAAGCAGGACCUGGACCAGCUGCGGUCCAUCGUGGAGAAGUCCGAGCUGUGGGUGUACAAGGGGCAGGGCCCCGACGAGGCCAUGGACGGCGCGUCUGGGGAGAACGAGCACAAGAAGGCAGAGGAGGGGAACAGCACGGCCCCGAAGCACGAGAGCACGAGCAGCUACAACUACCGGGUCGUCAAGGAGAUUCUGAUCCGGCUCAGCAGGCUGUGCGUGCAGGAGGGCGCGUCCGUGCGCAAGAGCCGGAAGCAGCAGCAGCGGCUGCUCAGGAACAUGAGCGCACACGCCGUGGUGCUGGAGCUGCUGCAGAUCCCCUACGAGAAGGCCGAGGACACCAGGAUGCAGGAGAUCAUGCGUCUGGCGCACGAGUUCCUGCAGAACUUCUGCGCGGGCAACCAGCAGAACCAGGCCCUGCUGCACAAGCACAUCAACCUGUUCCUCAACCCGGGGAUCCUGGAGGCGGUGACCAUGCAGCACAUCUUCAUGAACAACUUCCAGCUCUGCAGCGAGAUCAACGAGAGGGUGGUCCAGCACUUCGUGCACUGCAUCGAGACGCACGGCCGCAACGUGCAGUACAUCAAGUUCCUGCAGACCAUCGUCAAGGCCGAGGGGAAGUUCAUCAAGAAGUGCCAGGACAUGGUCAUGGCCGAGCUGGUGAACUCCGGCGAGGACGUGCUCGUGUUCUACAACGACCGGGCGUCCUUCCAGACGCUGAUCCAGAUGAUGCGGUCGGAGCGGGACCGCAUGGACGAGAACAGCCCGCUCAUGUACCACAUCCACCUGGUGGAGCUGCUGGCCGUGUGCACCGAGGGCAAGAACGUCUACACCGAGAUCAAGUGCAACUCCCUGCUGCCGCUGGACGACAUCGUGCGCGUGGUGACCCACGAGGACUGCAUCCCCGAGGUCAAGAUCGCCUACAUCAACUUCCUGAACCACUGCUACGUGGACACCGAGGUGGAGAUGAAGGAGAUCUACACCAGCAACCACAUGUGGAAGCUGUUUGAGAACUUCCUCGUGGACAUCUGCAGGGCCUGCAACAACACGAGUGACCGGCGGCACGCGGACUCCAUCCUGGAGAAGUACGUGACCGAGAUCGUCAUGAGCAUCGUGACCACCUUCUUCAGCUCCCCCUUCUCCGACCAGAGCACCACGCUGCAGACGCGCCAGCCGGUGUUCGUGCAGCUGCUGCAGGGCGUGUUCCGCGUGUACCACUGCAACUGGCUGGCGCCCGGCCAGAAGGCCGCGGUGGAGGGCUGCAUCCGCGUGCUCUCCGACGUGGCCAAGAGCCGGGCCAUCGCCAUCCCCGUGGACCUGGACAGCCAGGUGAACAACCUCUUCCUCAAGUCCCACAACAUCGUGCAGAAGACGGCCCUGAACUGGCGGCUGUCCGCCCGCAACGCGGCGCGCCGGGACUCGGUGCUGGCCGCCUCCAGGGACUACCGGAACAUCAUCGAGAGGCUGCAGGACAUCGUCUCGGCGCUGGAGGACCGGCUGCGGCCGCUGGUGCAGGCCGAGCUGUCGGUGCUGGUGGACGUGCUGCACCGGCCGGAGCUGCUCUUCCCGGAGAACACGGACGCCAGGAGGAAGUGCGAGAGCGGGGGCUUCAUCUGCAAGCUGAUCAAACACACCAAGCAGCUGCUGGAGGAGAACGAGGAGAAGCUGUGCAUCAAGGUCCUGCAGACGCUGCGGGAGAUGAUGACCAAGGACCGCGGCUACGGCGAGAAGGGCGAGGCGCUCAGGCAGAUUUUGGUCAACCGUUACUAUGGCAACGUCAGACCUCCGGGAAGAAGAGAGAGCCUCACCAGCUUCGGCAACGGCCCGCUGUCGCCCGGAGGACCCAGCAAGCCCGGGGGCGGAGGGGGCGGCCCCGGGUCCAGCUCCAUGAGCCGCGGCGAGAUGAGCCUGGCCGAGGUCCAGUGCCACCUGGACAAGGAGGGGGCCUCCAAUCUGGUCAUCGACCUCAUAAUGAACGCGUCCAGCGACCGCGUCUUCCACGAGAGCAUCCUCCUGGCCAUCGCCCUUCUGGAAGGAGGCAACACCACCAUUCAGCAUUCCUUCUUCUGCCGGCUGACGGAGGAUAAGAAGUCGGAGCGAUUCUUCAAGGUCUUCUACGACCGCAUGAAGGUGGCGCAGCAGGAGAUCAAGGCCACGGUGACCGUGAACACGAGCGACUUGGGCAACAAAAAGCAGGACGACGAGACGGACAGGGACGCCCCUUCCCGGAAGAAAGCCAAAGAGCCCUCGACGCAGAUCACGGAGGAGGCCCGCGACCAGCUCCUGGAGGCCUCGGCCGCCACCAGGAAGGCCUUCACCGCCUUCCGGAGGGAGGCCGACCCCGACGACCACUACCAGGCCGGGGAGGGCGCGCAGGCCGCGGCCGACAAGCCCAAGGACGAGCUGGAGAUGAGCGCGGUCAUCACCAUCAUGCAGCCCAUCCUGCGCUUCCUGCAGCUGCUGUGCGAGAACCACAACCGGGACCUGCAGAACUUCCUGCGCUGCCAGAACAACAAGACCAACUACAACCUGGUGUGCGAGACGCUGCAGUUCCUGGACUGCAUCUGCGGCAGCACCACGGGCGGCCUGGGGCUGCUCGGCCUCUACAUCAACGAGAAGAACGUGGCGCUCAUCAACCAGACGCUGGAGAGCCUCACCGAGUACUGCCAGGGGCCCUGCCACGAGAACCAGAACUGCAUCGCCACCCACGAGUCCAACGGCAUCGACAUCAUCACGGCCCUGAUCCUCAACGACAUCAACCCGCUGGGGAAGAAGCGCAUGGACCUGGUGCUGGAGCUGAAGAACAACGCCUCCAAGCUGCUGCUGGCCAUCAUGGAGAGCAGGCACGACAGCGAGAACGCCGAGCGCAUCCUCUACAACAUGCGGCCCAAGGAGCUGGUGGAGGUGAUCAAGAAGGCCUACCUGCAGGGGGAGGGGGAGGGGGAGUCGGAGGAAGGGGAGAAUGAGGAGAACGGCGAGGACGGAGCGGCCUCCCCCCGGAACGUGGGCCACAACAUCUACAUACUAGCUCAUCAGCUGGCGCGGCACAACAAGGAGCUGCAGAGCAUGCUGAAGCCGGGGGGCCAGGUGGACGGCGAUGAGGCCCUGGAGUUCUACGCCAAGCACACGGCCCAGAUCGAGAUCGUCCGGCUGGACCGCACCAUGGAGCAGAUCGUCUUCCCGGUGCCCAGCAUCUGCGAGUUCCUCACCAAGGAGUCCAAGCUGCGCAUCUACUACACCACCGAGCGCGACGAGCAGGGCAGCAAGAUCAACGACUUCUUCCUGCGCUCGGAGGACCUCUUCAACGAGAUGAACUGGCAGAAGAAGCUCCGAGCCCAGCCCGUGCUGUAUUGGUGCGCCCGCAACAUGUCCUUCUGGAGCAGCAUCUCCUUCAACCUGGCCGUGCUCAUGAACCUGCUCGUGGCCUUCUUCUACCCGUUCCGAGGCGUCCGGGGAGGGACGCUGGAGCCGCACUGGUCGGGGCUGCUGUGGACGGCCAUGCUGGUCUCGCUGGCCAUCGUCAUCGCGCUGCCCAAGCCCCACGGCAUCCGGGCGCUGAUCGCGUCCACGAUCCUGCGGCUCAUCUUCUCGGUGGGGCUGCAGCCCACGCUCUUCCUCCUGGGCGCCUUCAACGUCUGCAAUAAGAUCAUCUUCCUGAUGAGCUUCGUGGGCAACUGCGGCACGUUCACGCGGGGCUACCGCGCCAUGGUGCUGGACGUGGAGUUCCUGUACCACCUGCUGUACCUGCUCAUCUGCGCGCUCGGGCUCUUCGUGCACGAGUUCUUCUACAGCCUGCUGCUCUUUGACCUGGUGUACCGCGAGGAGACCCUGCUCAACGUCAUCAAGAGCGUCACCCGCAACGGGCGGUCCAUCAUCCUGACGGCGGUGCUGGCGCUGAUCCUGGUCUACCUCUUCUCCAUCGUGGGCUACCUCUUCUUCAAGGCCGACUUCCUGCUGGAGGUGGACCCGCUGCCCAACGGCACCGCCCUCCCAGAGGCCGGCGAGAGCUUGGCCGGCGAGUUCCUGUUCUCGGACGUGUGCCGGGUGGGCGCUGGGGAGAACUGCUCCUCUCCUGCACCCCAGGAAGCGCCGCUCCCGGCCGAGGAGCCCGAGCAGGACAAGGAGCACACGUGCGAGACCCUGCUGAUGUGCAUCGUCACCGUGCUGAGCCACGGGCUGCGGAGCGGCGGCGGCGUGGGCGACGUGCUCAGGAAGCCGUCCAAAGAGGAGCCGCUGUUCGCCGCCCGCGUCAUCUACGACCUGCUCUUCUUCUUCAUGGUCAUCAUCAUCGUGCUGAACCUCAUCUUCGGGGUCAUCAUCGACACCUUCGCCGACCUGCGGAGCGAGAAGCAGAAGAAGGAGGAGAUCCUCAAGACCACCUGCUUCAUCUGCGGCUUGGAAAGGGACAAGUUUGACAACAAGACGGUCACCUUCGAGGAGCACAUCCAGGAGGAGCACAACAUGUGGCACUACCUGUGCUUCAUCGUCCUGGUGAAGGUGAAGGACUCCACGGAGUACACCGGCCCCGAGAGCUACGUGGCCGAGAUGAUCCAGGAGAGAAACCUCGACUGGUUCCCCCGGAUGAGAGCCAUGUCCCUGGUCAGCAGCGACUCGGAGGGCGAGCAGAACGAACUGCGGAACCUGCAGGAGAAGCUCGAGUCCACCAUGAAGCUGGUGUCCAACCUCUCCGGCCAGCUGUCCGAGCUCAAGGACCAGAUGACAGAACAGAGGAAGCAGAAGCAGCGCAUCGGCCUCCUGGGACACCCUCCGCACAUGAACGCCAACCCCCAGCAGCCCGCGUGA